AGCAGCUUACCGCACCACGAAUCGUGAAGCAAGAGCGACCAGUUUCGUAAGGAGUUCCAAGCACAAUACAGGCAGAUACAUUAGUUCGCAUGCGUGCGCUGAGGAAGCCAGAUGGGCGAGGAACUGCUAUUCUAUGUUGGUGGACAAAAAUAUCAUUUUUCCCGAGAUGAAAUUGCAAAAGGCCACUGUGAAAAGCUCAGAGAAUGGAUUCGAGAUCACCCUAACCAGAAAAUAGUCAUAAAUCGACCAAAGUUAUCUUUUGAAGCCAUUUUGGACUUUCACUUGACGGGUAAUCUCCAUAUGCCAGUUGUCGUAUGUCCGGAACUUUUCAAAGAUGAACUUGAUUUCUGGGAAAUUUCCCAUAAGACAUUAGAAAAGUGUUGUCUCACCCGGUUGUCGAGUUACUUCCGUGACAAAGCAUUGCUUAAAGAUUACAGAAAAUCAGGAAGCUGUCUGCCGCAGAAGCAUGUGUCAACUCAGAAAAAUGUCUUCAACAAAAGUCUUCGAAAACUGUGGAACAUUUUGAACUACCAAGACAAUUGUCUGGAAACAAAGGCCUACUUCUGUUUGUCAACGUGUAUGAUUAUCCUGUCCAUCUUUGGGGUCGCCAUCAGCACUCUACCAGAGUUUAGACUCAAGGACCAGCCACCGGUGGCAGAGGUUACCGCAGAACCAACCACCACGCUGCCCCCACCCCCCGACUACUGCAAACUUCUGUACGAGAGAGAAAAAGUUACUCCGACUUUGAUUCCCCCCCAGGAUACAACCGCAAACACCUCGUCGAAAGAUUUCGAGAGAAAAUUCAUUGAAAAGAUUUUCCCAGAACCAGUUCAUAAAAAGAUCCCGUCUUUAAAACAGACUCUGGACCGAGGCACCAGUGCGUUUUUCUAUAUUGAGAUCAUUACGACAGUUUUCUUUACCAUCGAGCAAGCUUUGCUGCUCAUUUCUGGACCGAGGCUUGUCUCGCAUUUCAUGAACGCCAUGAACAUUAUCGAAAUGUUGCUCCUACUUGCCAGUUAUUGUCGUUUCUCUCUUCAUUUCCUAGAAUUGGAAUAUGAAGACAACGGUUGGUCCUUAUUAUUGUACGUACAAAUGUUUCGAGUUUUAAGGAUCGUCCGGGUCAUGCGUCACGUGACUGCCUUUAAAGUCUUAAACUAUUCCAUCAGUGCCGGGAAAAAAGACCUCUGUAUCAUCAUUUUGUACAUUUUUAUGGGGAUCGUGAUUUUUUCCAAUCUGAUUUUCUUUUUCGAGUUAUCGGAAGAUUUCCACAGUAUUCCGGAUGCCUGGUGGUGGACCUUGAUUACCAUGACAACCGUGGGAUAUGGCGAUAUGAUACCUAAAACAAUCGCGGGAAAAGUUCUGGGUUGCGUCUGCGCAGUUUCCGGUGUAAUAAUGUUGUCGCUUGUAAUACCUAUAUUUGUCAACACUUUCCUAUUCCUGUAUCAGUAUGCAGAAUUAGAAUCGGUGAACAUCCCGGCCCCCAAGAAGCGGUGCCCAGCGAGUAGAACAAGCACUUCUGGUGACACAGAAAUUACUGUAGAUCCCGAGUAAUCUGAGUUUUACAAGACUUAAAAUCUUCUAAUCUCGCCUAACGUCAUACAAAUUAUUUAAUACAUUUUCAGUUUUAAAAUAGCACCAAAUUUUUCUAUUACAGUAUCAUAUCCUUCGUAUUUAUCUUCUAUCAUAACUUGUAAAUAACAAUGCAUACAUACAUUGUUUGUUUUUGUAUAUAUAUUAUUAUAUAUAGUAACUGUUAUUAAAUUUUUACGACAACUUGAAAUAUGUUACUUAUUUGUCAAA